GUAACCAGUGCAAUGUUUUGUUGAUAUUCUGAAUACUGCAUUGUUUCUGAUCGCUAAUUUUUUUAAUUUUGUGGUAAAUAUUGCAAUGUAACAAUUUUCAUCACUUAAAAAGUAUUAUUUAUAAAUUAAAGUUUUUGAUGCUGGGUUGGUUACGUGAUAAAAUCUAUAAACGUCUUAGUGAAUCUAGACAAGCAACUCGUCGUACAUCAGUGGUUGGCUCUGACAGAAAUGAUUCUAAUCCAGACUCUGGUAAUCUUAGCUCGCCGACUCCCCCGUUAAAUAUGGACGUUACAGACACAAAUAGAAUAACGUUGCACAUAAUAUAUUUGGGUGAAAUAUGGGUUGUUAAUAUUGACCACAAUAAAAUGCUCUCUGAUCUACUAAAAAUGGCAUUAGGCCAUUUCUUAGAUCUAGCAAGUUUAUUGGGUGAAGAAGAAUCAACUUCAAAGUUCAAGUUCAUAUCAGUCUCAAAGAAAAAGGUUUUGAACCUCCAGUGUUCAAUAGUGGAUGAAGGGCUUACAAACUAUGAUGAAAUAUUGCUGACGGAAAGAAUAUCUAUAGGUUCAUCAGUCUCAGCCAAGUUAACAAUACAUGAUAUCAAAGGUCCAACAGUACAAGACAUAUUUGCAGCCACUGCCAAUCUUCCAAAAAAGAAUACAAUUCAAGUUGUACCUGCUUUGGAGUGUCAGGACAGUUUUCAGGUUGAAAUCCGAAAGGUAUUGUAUUCAUUAGUAGAAGCUUCAGCUAAAAUUUUAGCUCAAACACCUGAUGCUAAAGUCAUAUUUUCUGGCAUAGCUGCUAGAAUUGACGCCAAAUAUAAGAAAGAAAUAGAUGAGAACGCAAUCAAAUAUUUAGUGGAUCUGGGAUUCACUGAGGUUCAAGCGAGAUAUGCCUUGCGUUUAAAAAGGAACCGUCAAGUGGAAGCGAUGGAGUGGCUGCUGGAGAACAGCCACCGAGUGAAGGACAUUCCGGACGAAGACAACUCCAAGCUGGACCCGGAAGAAGAGAGUGAUAACCCGGUGGCUAUCAUAGAGCGAUUGUUGCGUAACAUGUUGGACUUCCAGCGACGCCACUUUGAGCCCAACAGUAGAGCGGUAGAAGCACUCACUGCUAUGGGGUUUAGCCAGGACGAUGUGAUAGAGGCACUCAGGGCUACCAACAACAACCAGGUGGCUGCUUGUCAGUGGUUGUGUGGUGAGAGAGAGGACAGCAUUGCUGCUACAUCUCCUGGUCUAGACAAGGACGGCCCAAUGUACAAGGCUUUGAUGACCAAUCCAACUGUUCAACUUGGACUGUACAACCCCAAAGUCUUAUUAGCGUUCCUCAGUAUCCUAGACAACUUUUCAAGCGCCAACCUGUGGCUGAACGAUGUUGACACUUCUGUGGUGUUAGGUCAGGUGUUCAAGACAUAUCACUCAGAGAAACACAUGAUUAUUGUCAAUCAACAAAUUGAACUGAUGAAGAGAGCCAACGCUUCUUGACUCAGUUGUUGCAUUUUUUGUUCAGGCUGUGAUUUAAUUUAAUAAAUUUAGUUACACAGUA